AUGGACAAGUUGGUCGCCCAAUAUAGCCGCCCGGCCCAUCAGAAUGAGUUCUACUCCGAACAAGAACAGCAUGACCUCACAGAGAGCCUUCCUCCCCUCUCUCUGAAAUUCAACCUUCCUGCAGUUGACAACUCAAGAUCUUGGCUCCGUGCUAUGACUGAUGACCACUCGAACCCAAGCUGCCCCAUCAAACUUGCUCACGGAACGACAACACUGGCCUUCCGAUUCCAGGGCGGAAUUAUUGUUGCGACAGACUCUCGAGCCACCGCUGGAAAUUGGAUUGCCAGUCAGACAGUGAAGAAGGUUAUUCCCGUCUCGCGGUUGAGUCGUGGUGAGGAUAAGGCGAACAAUGCCCCGACUCCCGGUCUUCUAGGUACUAUGGCGGGUGGUGCUGCGGAUUGCCAAUACUGGUUGAGAUAUUUGAGUCAGCAAUGCACACUUCAUGAAAUCCGCCACAAGCGCCGUAUCACUGUUGCAGCCGCGUCCAAGAUUCUCGCCAACCUGACAUACGCCUACAAGGGAUACGGUCUGAGCAUGGGAACAAUGCUAGCAGGAAUGACCCCUCAAGAAGGUCCAGCUCUCUAUUACAUCGACUCAGACGGCACCCGACUCCCGGGCAACCUGUUCUGUGUUGGAUCCGGUCAGACAUUCGCCUACGGUGUGCUGGAUGCCAAUUACCGCUACGACUUGACUGAGGAGGAGGCCCUUGAGCUCGGCCGGAGAAGUAUCCUGGCUGCUAUGCACCGUGACGCCUACUCUGGUGGUUUCAUCAACCUGUACCACGUCAAGGAAGAGGGAUGGGUGCACCACGGCUUUGACGACAUGAACCCGAUCUUCUGGAAGACGAAGUUGGAGAAGGGCGAAUUCUCGAAUGUCACGUCGGAGUUGUAA